CUAAGGUGGCUGCUAAAACUCGUUGAUUUUAGAGCAGCCGGUGAAUUUAGUUGGGGGUCUGCCGUCUUGGCAACAUUAUAUCGGAAGAUGUGCGGGGCGACCAAACCGAGGAGAGCAAAAAUCGGAGGUUGCCUGUCACUACUGCAAUCAUGGGCACGGUUUCGCUUUCCAUUUCUACGUCCUCGAGUGAACCACCCAUAUACAUUCCCACUCGUAACGAGGUGGAACCAUCCGGGAAGUUAUCGUGGAUUACCGACUGAACUUGAAGAUAUACGGCUUCUAUUGGAGCAACGGUCGGAAGCAGAAUUUCAAUGGACACCAUACGAGGAUCCGGCAGUCCGGGCAGUAAUCCCGGAAGAGUUUUUACAAAAUCCGAACGCUUGGCACGUGAAAGUGGUGUUGAUCAACUAUGCAACCGUGGAGCCCCACCGACAUGCAUGA